AUGCCAAAACUGGAACAAUUUGAGAUCAAAAAGUACUGGCAGAUCUUUUCCGGGCUAAAACCCGUGGAUAACAAGGUGAAUCACGACCAAGUUCUUCCGAUCCUUUACAAUUCAAAAUUGGAUUCAUCAGUAUUGAAUAAGAUAUGGUUUUUAGCUGAUAUAGAUGAUGACGAUAGUCUGGAUUUCGAGGAAUUUGUUAUUUGCAUGAGAUUGAUCUUUGAUAUGGUUAAUAAGAAUAUUGAUAAAGUUCCAGAUGAACUACCGGAUUGGCUGAUACCAGGUAGCAAAACCAAUCUGAUUAAGGAGAGAAAACAGAGGAAACAACAGGAAAAUGCGGAUAUCCCCAAGACAGAGGCACCUGAAGUUGACUGGUACAUGUCACCAGAAGAUGUAACACAGUACCAAAAGAUCCUCGACACUUGUGAACGUUCCAGAGACGGAACAGUGACAUUCCCUUCUCUGUCAUACGCUAUUAAAUCCAAAUUUUUCAAUGUGGGGCCCAGUGACCUCGACAAGGUGUGGAAUUUGGUCAACCCCAAGAGUCUAAGUUCCAUCGAUAAGGAUCCCGCAUUUUAUUUCAUCCAUUGUUUGAGACAAUUCAAUGACGUUGGAGCAAGGAUACCUUCAGAGCUCCCAAAAGCCAUGGCCGAUAUCUGCAAUAAAGAGAGGGUGUCCUACGAUUUGAACUCCCCGCAGGCGGAUGUCAAGAAAGUAAUCUCUGAGCCAUCUCAAACUAGUAAAUCCAACACUCAGGAAACUGGCAAAAGCGGAGGCCACAGACAAGCCGCAUCAUAUUCCUCGGUUGAUUCGGUGACAGAUAUUGAAACUUUAGAACGAGAUUUGGCACAGUUGGAUACUGAACUGUCUCAAGUGGAAGCCAAAAACGCAUCUGCGUCAUCCCAAAACUCGGUAAGAACCCUCAGGGAGCAAUUUGAAGGUCUGCUGAGAUAUAAGCAACAACAAACCCUCGAACAUACCGAGAAUUCACGAAUCUCUGUGCCAAUAAAUAGCAGGGCGGUAAAGGAAGACUUAGACAACAUCGAAGAGCAAAUUACUAUUUUGGAGUCCUAUUUGAGCAAUAGGCAAUCCGAGUUACAAUCAUUGAGAAAUGAAAUCAAAUCGAUCCACUAA